UCAAAGAUAAGAAAUACUUAGUUCUAUUUCUGAACGCACAGCAAUGUUUUGACAGCAGAUAUUUCCGUUCCUAUUCAUUAAAUAUUCAAAGCUUGCGCGGUUACAUUUUUUUUUUUAAAUGAAUACGAUGAAGUAAUAUUUUUUUGAAUAAAAGUAUUUACAUGAAUUGUUAAAUCAUACAGUAUUUUUUCUGGAAGUUUAGAUGCUCAGGAAUACUAAUAAUUUUUGAUAAAUAAAUCAUGUCCCAGUUUAGUCCUUGACUCCUGAAAUAUUACUGGAAAACGGAACGCAGUUAACUCCUAGCGACUGAAAAUGAAUUAUCGAAUUUCUGAAAUAAUUUAUUAGAAUUAUAAUAAAGUGUAGCGGUAGUCGUAAUGCGUAGUUGUAUAAACAUUCAAUGCUUUAGGCCGUAUUAGUUGUAUUUUAUACGGUUUUAUUUACGAAAACUUUUUGCUUCGUCGAUGGACUUUAGAAUCGAUAACCCAAUUUCAUUCAAGUUUUAAAUGACUGCAAUUAAACGUUAGUGCGUCGCUGUAAAAUGCUGCUGUAUUAGGGUUGUGUGUCGGUGUUGUGCUCGUCGUGACCAUGCUUUUCACACCGAUUUACAUCGCUAUGACCUUUAUAAAGACCUGGAGGAUUCGCUCGUUCAGAGCUCGACUCCUCGAGUUCCUGAGCGGUAAUACGAGUGUCGCAUUCUGCAAAGUUCCUGAAAAUGCUGCCGAAACACCAACGCUCAGUUCAAAGCUGUGCACAAACCCAAAAAAUGCAUAUCUAUGUGACUUACUGGACUACACUAACACCACUAGGAUAUGCAGCAUGAAGCCAACCCAGCUCAUCGAGAUCAGUGACUGGGUGUCAUGCGCCAGUGGCCUGCCUUUAGGGUCCAGUGAACAGUCUCCGAUCACUGACUUAGAUGUAGAUGUGCUUUUUGAAUGCGAGAUGGAACCUCAUGAAACUGGACAAGAUAUCAUUACUUUAGAGUCCAUGGGUCAGCCUGUAGCCUGGAAGGCAGGCUCACACUUAGCAAUAAUAGUGAAGACUAAUAUAGAACAUCUUAGUGUUAUUGGUUUCAAUUUUAUUGGAGGGGAGUUUGUUAUAGACCACAAUUUGCCAGUUGUCAGGAUACAGACUGUGCAACUUUCCGGUGAACCAAAUAAGGCUUCAGAUCCUUCCAUGAGGAGUCUCCGCAGUGACAUCCAGUUCAGCCUCAAACAAUCGCCAGCUGAAUUCCAAUGGCCAGUACAUGCAGCCCUUCUGAGAAAACUGUCCAAAGUUGUAGAUAUCAAGUCUGACACUAAGAACACUAUACAGAUGAAUGGCAGCAGUGGAGACAUAGUCCUAGAAGUGCCACCUCCUAGGAAAACUGUCACUUUAGCUGAUGUCAGUUGUAAUACUGGCAAGUCCUUAUCAGGGGAAGAUGUAGACGUCCCUCAAGAAAGCAAUAAAACUGCAGAAGCUGUAGCAAAGGCACCUGAGCCCACACAGCCAGAAGACAAAGAAGUUAUAGUGGAAAAUGUCACAGUAGAAAUACAACACAAUAUCACACCAAAAAAAUCUAGUUUAAAACUUGACUUGAAGAAAGGCACCAGCCAGCUGUCAACUUCUUUACUAAACAUAUCUAGUCAAAUAAAGUCUGUAACUACUCAUAAAAGGAUAGUUAGUACUACCGGUCCAAAGCGGCCGCAAUCUCAGAUAGAAUGUUACCCGGUUGUUCAAGAGGAACCAAGGAGUUCGACAUCACAGCAGAGCACUCCGAAAUCUGUGAAAAGUUCCCGUCCAUUAGUGAAUACAAAGUCACCGAAUGUGUUGAUAUAUUCUGAUAGUGUAGUAGCUAGAGAUAAUUUGGAGGCGUCCCUUAGGAAAGUACUGGAUUGUGAUAGGUACACCCUGUACGUGGUGUCCCGCGCAGCCCUAGAGGGUGGGGCGUGGCGGGGGCGGGCGGCGCUGGUGGCCGUGGCGGGGUGCGUCGGCCGCGCGGCGCCGUUGUUGCUGGCUCACCUGCUGGCAGGAGGCCGACUCCUGGCGCUGUGUUCCGACCUGCUGCAUACUGUGCUGCCGUAUUAUAAGACUGCUGAGGUUCGUGAGAAUGAAGUUGUGCAAUUCAAUUACGAUAAAUGGAAGUCUGUCAAGAUGAAACAUCACAUUUUCUGCUACCAAGCUUCGCCUGCCAAGAAACAGUUCUCCACUGAAAGCGAUAGACAAGCAAGUCAGGAAAAUAAUAUGUAUCGACCGUCCAAAUACACGGGUCACCCGGGCCAUGAGCUGGACAUCCAGGUGUUGGCUUCCGAAGAGACGUGGCGGACUCCCUCGCUGCUGCAAGCCACUGACCUUACCAAUAGAGGCAUUGCUAUAUUCUCACAGAUCCACUUAGAAGCGGAUCCCAGCGACUACUUAGGGGAAGAAGGCAUGAAAAGCAAUGAAGCCCGUUUGGGCAUCAUUCACAAAAUCCUAGGAGAUAUCCUGGGCCUUCACGUCAAAGACCCCCAGGAACUUACUCAGAUAGACUAUACGCGGGGAUUCUUCUUAGGAAACCAUGUGCACAAACUGCGGUUAGUGGAGGCGUGUGCUCCGGAGGGCGGUGCUCGCGUGCAGGCGCUCGGGGAGCUGCGCCUGCAGUGGUGUCUGCGCGGCGAGGAGCCCCUCCACGCCCCCUCCGCCGCCUUCCUGCCCGUGCACGUGUAUGAGUGCCCAGACCACUUCUCCACUGUUGAAUACUUUGAUAACUUGACCUCAUCCCGUCUCGGCCGACUAGUGGUGUACGCGGACGUGAUGACGUCAACGAUGCACAUAACAGCGGCGCCACUCGCGCACGGCGUCGGCGCUGUGGCGCGGCGACAAGCGGCCGGGCGCGGCCGGGGCGGCAACGUGUGGAUCACGCCGCCCGGACAGGCUGCCAUGUCGCUGCAGGUGUGGCUGAAAGUAUCACCGACACUCCCGCUGGUGCAGCACGCGGCCGCACUGGCCGCAGUGAGGGCCAUCCGGUCACAACCCGCAUAUGAACAUUUGGAUAUUAGGAUAAAGUGGCCUAACGACAUCUACUACGGUCGCGACGUGAAGAUUGGAGGCACCAUCACCACUGCCAACUGCAUCGGCGAUGAGGUCUACGUUAAUAUAGGUACCGGUGUAAACAUAUCGAACAGUGUUCCGACGACGUGCCUCAACGACAUCAUAUCGGAACACAACAAACAGCACGGCACAACUCUAGCGCAGAUGUCGAUAGAGCGCUUCCUCGCUCGAUACUGCUCCCAACUCGAGAGGAUACUCGAUUAUAUGAACACGGAGGGCGGUAUCGAUGCUUUCCUAGAACAGUACUACCAGUAUUGGUUGCAUACUGGUGAAUCAAUCCGCGUUAAAAGCGAGGCUACAUCGAGUCCUGUGGACGGCACUAUAAAGGGUUUAGACGAGGCCGGGUGGCUGGUCGUCAGCACUGCGGCCGGAGACGUUAGGGUAGCACCAGACGGCAACACCUUCGAUAUGAUGAGCGGCCUCGUUGCACCGAAGGUAUAGUUGUAAUGUAAUUGAGUCGGUGUAAUCUGCCAUAUUAUAUUACGGGUAGCAGUUAUAAAAAGCUGGACCGUUUUAAAGCGUGGUGGUUCUACGAUUAGCCAGAUUGAAUGAAAAGUCGUCCAUUUCAUCGUUGAACCCACCGCAUUUCAAAACGCCUAGAUUUCUAUAACGCUAGCCGCUUUGUAAUAUGAUGGGUUAUACAAGCUAUCUGAGACAGACAUACAAGAAGAAUGUUGAUUUAUUUAGUGAUGUACCUAUGUUGAUAUGAAACUGGUCAUAUUUGUUACAAACAGUGUUCGGAAAUGUACAUAAGGUACAAACUAAAGUUUCUUUAAAAGAAUUUCAACUUUAUCUCUAAACUUUAAGGUUCAAUGUUGAUUGGAGAAAAUUUACACAUUAUACCUUGAUGUACUACAUAUUCAAAUAAGAUCAGUUUCGUGCCAUGGUAAAGUAUAUGGUGAUAUUUAGUACAUAACGUGACAGCUCUCUAUAUAUAGUAUGUGGGAUAUUUAUGGGGAAUAAUUUCGUUAGUAUUAGAUAUUUAUUGUGAUAUUUUUUUCAAAUUGUUAUUCAGUGUCAUAUAGUGUUUAUAGCAUUGAUGUAAUCAGAAUGAUAAAAAAUAUAAUAUUGAAUGGGGAAUAUGUUAAAGCUUGUUUUCAUAAUUUAUAUUUAAAAGACAUUUCGAAUAAUUAAUUAUUAAUAUUGUUGUUACUUACUCUUAAUUUAGAUUAUAAUAUGUUAUUUCUUAUUUUAAUUACUUAAAGAAUAAAACGUCCUAAAGUUUGCUCAUAAAACUUUGAUUUUUUUAAAUAUCGAUUUGCUUAUUCUAAUGAUCGAUAACGUUGAAUACUCGAUAUAAAAAUGAUAAUGAGGAAUUUACGCGAUGGAAUAUUAUCAAAUAUUAGACUUUAAACGUUAGACACUAUUAUGUUUAAUGUUAGUUAGUGAAUGAUAAAAUAUUAUUAACUUGAUACCGGUGUAGGUAUCCUAUAGCAUUAUGUACGCGAUGUAGGCAUCGUAGGCACAAAUACGAAAACAUCAAUAUCGAUAUAAUGUAGUUUUUAUUAUAACUUAUCGCGUAAGGUUUCGGCGUGUCCAUUGGGUUGCUGAAUGUUUUUAAUCGACGGAUAUUAAAAAUUAUCGCACGCAUUGAAGUAAAUUAGUUUUAAAAAAUAUUUUAAACCAUACUUACCUUUUAUUGGACAGUAAAGUAUUCUAUAAAUCUGUGGUAUAAAAACAGUUCGCUUUAUAAAAUGUGUAGAAAAUAAAACAAUCUUGGCACACAUUCUAUACUAAGAUAUUUAUAAAAUGUGUGCUGAAAUUGCAUAAAAAUAUUCUAUAGAGAAAGCGAAGUUAAAACUACCUACCUAUAUAUUUGAAAAUGAUAAAGGAAUGUAUAAGUUAUGUACAGUUAGUAAUGGGACAGCCACACCACUGCCAGUGCUCUUAUAUCGAAUAGUUGAUAGUUUCUAUAUACAUAUUAUGUAUGUAUUCACGUGAGCAUGUGUGCGUAAUCCGUUCAUAGUACAUACAGUUAUAUAUCUCGUAUAGAGGGUGAUUGCUUUCGUGUCAAUUACUUUAAGGGGUGUUAUACUUGCGGGAAAUGGUAUGGACCUGUUUAUCUGUCGUUAGCUCCUUUUAAGAAGAAGUAUAAGUACCUAUAACUUAUAGAACUUUCAUUAAAUAUUUUAGCGUGAGUCCAAGUUAUAAUAAUUAUAUUCCACCAAUGUAGUUUUCUAGAUGCAUAUUAUGUGUAUAUUGAUAUAAAGGAUGUUUAAUGCAAAGGAGUGAAAACCAACAGGUUUAUUUUUUUAACGAGAAUAGUUGCAAACAAGUAGUUUUUGUUCUUCUACAUCUGUUAACUAGCUUCAUACUUAAACUUUGAUACCUCGAGAAGGAGGGAUUUAAGCAACUUGAAAUAUUACAUACAUUGAUAUGUAUAAGAGCGUAUGAGUUUAACAUAAGUUAACGUUAAGUAUAAGGCAGUUUAUAGAGCUUUUUAUCGUUCAUUUAUUAUUAUAUUACAAUAUUCUUUGUAAUAUAUUAUGAGAAAAAUGUGCCUAAACAAAGUUAUUGUAACUCAUGCAAUUGAUCUAUUUGUUAGAUACUAAGUAGCGUUGUACAAAACUAUCGCAUCUUUACAAUUUAAUAAUUUCGGUGGGAAUUCCAAAAAAUAUUUCGAUGGUUUAAUAAAAUUACUAUUUAAAUAAUUGUCUUUGAAAUCGAAUUGAAACUUUUUCGCUAAAUUUAAAAAAUACAUUUAAAAUUCGUAAAUUCGUCUAUUUUGAAAAUGGAAUCUUGUUAAAUGAUGAUGCAGUUGCCAUGGCGACGCGUCUCGGAUCUAGUCACUCCUCGCUGUUGUCUUGUGAUGUUAAGUUGUUUAGAUGUUAUUUAUUGAUAGAGUCUAAAGUGUUAUACAGUCUCUUGUUACAUUACUCUGGUUGUAUUCAUGUGCUCUAAUAAAUUAUUUCAUUAAUAA